GGGCGGCGGCGCAGGCGGAUGACGCCCCGGUGGGUGACGCAGGGCGGGCCGCGCCGCGCUCCGUGCGCCUCCGGGGCCUGAGCCUGCUGUUGUUCACGCUCCCUUCAGGGCGCCCGCAGGCCGCGGCCCACGCCGGGAGACACCACCCCCUCCAUGUGAGGGGCGGCCGUCGAGAGGGGCGGCCGGGCGCACCGCCACCCACCAGCGCCACGGGGGAAAAUGACAUCGCGGAGGUGGUUUCAUCCAAAUAUUACUGGGGUGGAGGCAGAAAACCUGCUGUUAACAAGAGGAGUGGAUGGCAGCUUCUUGGCACGGCCCAGCAAAAGUAACCCUGGCGACUUCACCCUCUCUGUUAGACGAACUGGAGCUGUCACCCACAUCAAGAUCCAGAACACAGGAGACUACUAUGACCUCUAUGGAGGGGAGAAGUUUGCUACGUUGGCUGAGUUAGUCCAGUAUUAUAUGGAACAUCAUGGGCAGCUCAAGGAAAAGAAUGGAGAUGUUAUAGAGCUGAAAUAUCCUCUGAACUGUGCUGAUCCUACAUCUGAAAGGUGGUUUCAUGGGCAUCUCUCUGGAAGAGAAGCUGAAAAACUAUUAACAGAAAAAGGAAAACAUGGAAGCUUUCUUGUGCGUGAGAGUCAAAGCCACCCUGGGGACUUUGUUCUUUCUGUCCGGACAGGAGAUGAUAAAGGAGAGAGUAAUGAUGGGAAAUCUAAAGUGACACAUGUCAUGAUUCACUGCCAGGAUCUAAAAUACGAUGUUGGAGGAGGGGAGAAAUUUGACUCUCUGACAGAUCUAGUGGAACAUUACAAGAAGAACCCUAUGGUAGAAACUCUGGGCACAGUAUUGCAGCUGAAGCAGCCUCUGAACACCACCCGGAUAAAUGCCGCAGAGAUUGAGAGCAGGGUGCGAGAGCUAAGCAAGCUGGCAGAGACUACAGAUAAAGUCAAGCAGGGCUUCUGGGAAGAAUUUGAGACUUUACAGCAACAAGAGUGCAAACUUCUCUAUAGUCGUAAAGAAGGUCAGCGCCAGGAAAACAAAAACAAAAAUAGAUACAAAAACAUUUUACCCUUUGAUCACACCAGAGUUGUUCUACAUGAUGGUGAUCCAAAUGAACCUGUUUCAGACUAUAUCAAUGCUAAUAUUAUUAUGCCUGAGUUUGAAACCAAGUGCAACAACUCAAAGCCAAAAAAAAGCUACAUUGCUACUCAAGGUUGCCUACAGAACACAGUGAAUGAUUUUUGGAGGAUGGUGUUCCAGGAGAAUUCUCGAGUUAUUGUCAUGACAACAAAAGAAGUUGAAAGAGGAAAGAGUAAGUGUGUCAAGUACUGGCCUGAUGAAUAUUCCCUGAAGGAGUAUGGAGUUAUGCGUGUCAGGAACGUCAAGGAGAGUGCAGCACACGAUUACACGCUAAGGGAACUUAAGCUUUCUAAAGUUGGGCAAGGGAACACGGAGAGAACAGUCUGGCAAUAUCACUUCAGAACUUGGCCUGACCACGGAGUCCCAAGUGACCCUGGUGGUGUAUUAGACUUUCUAGAGGAGGUGCACCACAAGCAGGAGAGCAUUUCUGAUGCAGGACCGGUUGUGGUCCACUGCAGUGCUGGGAUUGGGCGAACAGGAACUUUCAUUGUGAUUGAUAUUCUGAUUGACAUAAUCAGAGAAAAAGGUGUGGACUGUGAUAUUGAUGUUCCAAAGACCAUUCAGAUGGUGAGGUCGCAGCGCUCAGGAAUGGUUCAGACAGAAGCUCAGUACAGGUUUAUUUACAUGGCAGUGCAGCACUACAUUGAGACGCUACAGCGCAGAAUCGAAGAGGAGCAGAAGAGUAAGAGGAAAGGUCAUGAAUACACAAACAUUAAAUAUUCUUUAUCGGACCAGACAAGUGGGGAUCAGAGCCCUCUUCCACCCUGUACCCCAACCCCAACGUGUCCAGAAAUGAGAGAAGAUAGUGCUAGAGUAUAUGAAAAUGUGGGACUGAUGCAACAGCAGAAAAGCUUCAGAUGAGAUGAUGAUGAGCCUUCCAAGCAGAGGCAGGGAUGGAGGAGCAAAAAAAAUCACAGCUGGUACUAGGAUGUGUGUCAGGUUUUGAUUUCAUUUUUAUUGGGUUUUUUUUACCCCCUGACUUCAUUAUUUCCAAUCAAUUCUUAAUUUCUCCCUUUUUAAAUAGUGAAAGGGAAUUAAUAAUUUCCAGCCUGUUUAUUUAUGACAUUAUUGUGAUGAUGUUUUUUGUUUCAUUAUUCUAGUACUAAAGACUAAUGAAAAAGGAUCCUCUUAUUAGAUGGGGUAGACCUUUUGCAUUUCUAUUUUUGUUUGGUUUGUUUCUUUUUUUUUUUCCCCCUUGCAAUGUAUGAAGUAUUGUACCAGAGUAUUAAAUGAAAUGUAAUAUUUUAUUGAGAAAAUUCUAUCCUUUAAAAGGAAUCCAUUUAGGAUGUCAUCAAUUUGAUGUGAAUCAUGUACAUGUUGGUAAUGAGCUGUUUAUUACACGUCGUAGUGGUUCAAAGGACUCACCCUCUUGCCUUUUUGCCCACCUACAUUCUGUAGACCCAUUUUACCAGUUGUCAAAAUGUGACAUUAAAACAGUAGCUCCUGUAUAGAAA